AAUCAGUGCGCGAAAUGAUCGGAGUGGACGCGAGUGUUUUAACGGCGGAUCGGACGCGCUGCUGCUAACGGAAUAGAGCCGGUAAGACGCUCCAGCCCCGGGAACAGAAGAGAGGAGCGGCGGAGAGAGAGAGAGAGAGAGAGAGAGAGAGAGAGAGAGAGAGAGAGAGAGAGAGAGAGAGAGAGAGAGAGAGAGCGGGGCGCCGGGAGAAUCAUGCGGUUUCCUGCGCUCCGGCUGCUGGCACUCGUGUGGCACCUCUCCGCGCUUUUACGCACCGCGCACACUUUCAAAUUGCACCCGAAACAAGAAAGCUUCAUCAGUCAGCUGUCAUCGUAUGACAUCAUCACUCCAGUGCGUUUGAAUGAGUUUGGUGAGUCGUUCCCGCACCGGCUGCAUUACCGCAGGAGGAGGCGCAGCACAGACGCAGACCUCUUGGGUUUGAGGGCUCAUUACCGGAUUGAGGCGUUUGGACAGAGCUUUCAUCUGAACCUCACAGAAGACUCUGGAUUCAUUGCUCCGUCAUACAUGGUUCUUCAUCUGGGAGAGGAGGAGAAUGGAAGAGACACUGAAGACCUGCGACACUGCUUCUUCAGAGGACACGUAGACUCUCAUGCAGAACAUCACGCUGUCUUCAGUCUCUGCACUGGACUCAUCGGUACGUUUUCGACGCACAGCGGUCAGUUUUUCCUCGAGCCGCUGUUGAGCACUGAUGGAGAGGAAUAUGAUGAAGAACAUAACAAACCUCACCUCGUCUACAGACAUGACACAAACAGGAAGUUACCUGACAUGCAGCCAUGCACCGUCUCAGAACACCAUAGUGACAAUCACAUCAGUCUCCACAGCAACAGAACCCUGGAGGAGGAAGUGACAUCGAUACGGGAAACAAUGCACAAACACGUGUCUCACUCUAAAGACGAUUCCAGUGACUCACAUUCACGCAAAAAACGCUUCCUGUCCUACCCGCGCUUCGUCGAGCUAAUGGUUACUGCGGAUACCAAGAUGGUUCGACAUCACGGACAAAACCUGGAGCACUACAUACUAACAAUCAUGUCAGUAGUUGCUGCAAUCUACAGAGAUCCGAGUGUUGGAAACCUCGUUAACAUCAUGAUUGUCAAACUUAUCGUCAUACACAACAAACAGGAAGGGCCAAACAUAGACUUCUAUGCCGCAUCGAUGCUUCAUAACUUCUGCGUGUGGCAACAGAGCCACAAUAUUCUGGACGACAGUCACCCGUCACACCACGACACCGCGUUGCUUAUAACCAGGGAAGAUAUCUGCCGUGUAAAAGACAAGUGCGACACAUUAGGUUUGGCAGAGUUGGGGACGAUGUGCGACCCGUACCGCAGCUGUUCGAUUAGCGAGGAGAACGGACUGAGUUCGUCCUUCACCAUCGCUCAUGAGCUGGGACACGUGUUCAACAUGCCCCAUGAUGACAGUCCAAAGUGUCGAGAGGCCGGAAUCAAGCAUCAGUAUCAUGUGAUGGCCCCGACGCUGAACUACAACACCAGCCCCUGGUCCUGGUCCAAAUGCAGCCGCAAGUACAUCACAGAGUUCCUCGACACUGGUUAUGGUGAAUGUCUACUGGACGAGCCCUCAGGCAGAGCAUUUAACCUUCCUAACCAGCUUCCAGGUCAACUCUACAACGCCAACCGACAGUGUGAACUCAUGUUUGGUCCCGGCUCUCAAGUCUGUCCAUUUAUGAAACAAUGCAAGCGUCUUUGGUGCACCAGUGCAGAGGGUGAACAUAAAGGGUGUCGUACACAACACAUGCCUCUGGCUGAUGGAACCGAAUGUGGGUAUGGCAUGCACUGCAGGCACGGCAUGUGUGUGAAUAAGGAGAUGGACGUGAAGCCAGUAAACGGUGAAUGGGGCCCCUGGGGGCCGUACAGUGUGUGUUCCAGAACGUGUGGAGGAGGAACCCGCAGCACAACUAGAGACUGCAAUAAACCUGAGCCGAGGAACGGUGGGCGGUUUUGUGUCGGCCGCAGAAUGAAGUUCCGCUCGUGUAACACGGAGGCGUGUCCACGUGGCCAGAGGGAUUUCCGAGAGGAGCAGUGCGCGCAGUUCGACGGCAAACACUUCAACAUCAACGGCCUGCCGCCCUCCGUCCGCUGGAUGCCAAAGUACAGUGGCAUUCUAAUGAAGGAUCGUUGUAAGUUGUUUUGUCGUGUUGCGGGGACGAUGGCGUACUAUCAGCUGAGAGAUCGGGUCACAGACGGAACCCCAUGUGGACCGGACACAUAUGACAUCUGUGUACAAGGCCUCUGCCGGCAAGCGGGUUGUGAUCAUGUGUUGAACUCAAAGGCCAGGAAUGAUAAAUGUGGAGUUUGCGGUGGAGAUAAUUCCUCAUGUAAAACUCUCACAGGAACAUUCAACAAUGCACAAUACGGUUAUAAUGUUGUGGUUCGUAUACCUGCUGGUGCCACAAACAUUGACAUUAAGCAGGUCAGCUACUCAGGAUCUCCGGGGGAUGAUAACUACCUUGCUCUGUCUGACAGUCAUUCCAACUUCCUCCUGAAUGGAAACUUUGUGGUGUCCAUGUUUAAGAGAGAGGUGACGUUUAAGGGAACAGAAAUCGAGUACAGUGGAUCGAAUACAACAGUGGAGCGGAUCAACUGCACAGAACGCAUCGAGGAGGAGCUCGUACUGCAGGUUCUGUGUGUAGGUAACCUGCAUAAUCCUGAUGUCAGAUAUUCCUUCAGUAUUCCCAUUGAAGAGAAGCGAGAGCAGUUUGUGUGGGAGCCAUUGGGCCCCUGGCAGGAGUGCAGUCGCGCAUGUCGAGGUGAGCGGCGGCGGAAGACUGUGUGCGUUCGGAAGAGCGACCACUUGGUGGUUUCGGAGCAAAGGUGCGAGUAUCUACCUCGACCGCAGGGUGCGACGGAGCCUUGCAAUACAGACUGUGAACUCAGAUGGCACGUCACGGGCAGGAGUGAUUGUUCCAGUAAGUGUGGACCGGGUUACCGUACACUGGACGUGUUGUGCAUGCGCUACAGUCAGAACAAGAGACUGAGUGAGCGUGUGGAGGGCAGAGCCUGCGCAGACCUGCCCAAACCGCAGACACGAGAGGGUUGCCAUGGAGACUGCCUUCUUAAGAGCUGGCAGUACAGCGCCUGGUCUCAGUGCUCUAAGUCGUGUGGUGAUGGCGUGCGGACGCGUCAGGCGUACUGUAUGAAUAAUUUGGGUCGCAUGCUGGUGGACAAAGAGUGUGUCGAGCAGCAGAGAGUUUUAACAGAACCCUGUAAUGAUCUGCCCUGUCCCAACUGGACCACCAGUGAAUGGAGCGAGUGUUUGGUGACAUGUGGGAAAGGUGUCAGACACAGGCAGGUGCUGUGUGUUCUGAGAGAUGAGAAAGUGAACGAUCAGCGCUGUGAUCCGAACACUAAACCGUCCGCCACCAGCCGUUGUGAGCUGCCGGAAUGUGCCGCCUGGCAGGUCGGAGUCUGGAGUCCGUGUACCGUGACGUGCGGUCAGGGUUAUCAGAUGCGAGCGGUAAGGUGUGUGUCGGGAGCGUAUGGAGAGACGGUGGACGACAGGGAUUGUAACGCAGCUGCGAGACCACGAGACAGCCAGGACUGUGAGUUUUCAGUUUGUCCUCGUGCAGCAUCAGUUUUUAACACACCAAAACCAGCAGAACCGGGUCAGAUGCACAUACAGUGGAGAUACGGGUCAUGGACAACCUGUUCGGUAUCAUGUGGCGAGGGCAGGAGAAAGCGUUACGUCAGCUGUCGAGACGCUCAGGGUGGAGUCGCCGACGAGUCGUACUGCGCUCACUUGCCCCGCCCACCAGACAGCUCGGUGUGUUUCAGUUCCUGCGGUCAGUGGAGAGAGAGCGAGUGGACUCCAUGUUCAGUGUCGUGUGGAGUGGGUCGGUCGACACGACGGGUCAUCUGCAUGAAUUAUCACCAUCAGGUGGACGAGUCGUUUUGUCACCCAGAUGAGAGGCCGAGUACUGAACAGGAGUGUGCGGCCGCGCCCUGUCAGUCCUCAUAUCAGCGGCCCAACAACCAGCCACACUUCAACUAUGACCCUGGCAAACACCCGGGACACCACAGCUGGAACGUCCCAUCUGCAGAUAACCAGUGGAGGACAGGACCGUGGGGAGCAUGUUCCAGUACAUGUGAAGGAGGCUUUCAGAGGAGAGUCGUGGUCUGUCAGGACACAUACGGCCGCAGCACAAAUCACUGCGACGAGAGAGUCAAACCCAACGAAUCCAAGAGCUGCAACUCAGGACCCUGUCCAAACUGGAACUAUGGCAUCUGGGGAGAGUGCACGCAGUCGUGUGGCGGCGGUCAGCGGACGCGGUUGGUGGUGUGCCAGCAUCCAAACGAGCAGAGCUUAAAUGAACACAGCUGUGACAUGCUCAACAAACCGCCCGAUAUGGAGCAGUGUAAUGCCCAGCCCUGCCCGGGCACUGCCACCUGGCACAGACACUCAUGGAAGCCGUGUUCUGUGUCAUGUGGGAAGGGACUCAAAGAAAGACAGAUCAUGUGUGUGGACCAGAACCAAACACAGAUCGAGGAGGAGCGCUGCGCACAUCUCAACCGACCGAGAACGCAUAAAGUCUGUAGGAUGGGAUCCUGCCCCAGCUGGAGGACCAAUCGAUGGAGAGCGUGUUCAGUGACUUGCGGCACUGGUGCUCAGACCCGUGAGACGUUCUGCAGGUCAAAGGGCAAAGGUCGAGUCAAUGAUGAGAUGUGUGACAUACGUGAUCGUCCUGCGAGCAUUCAGUCCUGCUUCCAAACGGAGUGUCAGACACAUAGCUGGACGACACACGAGUGGACAGACUGUAACGCCACCUGUGGACGGGGUGUGAGGACUCGAGCAGUGUUUUGUGUGGACGGAGGGAUGAACACCGUUUCUGAUCAUAUGUGUGACACCUCGAAUAAACCCACGACAUACGAGUCAUGUCACAGCACCCCCUGUCAGUACGUCUGGGUUACUACAGUGUGGAGUCAGUGUUCAGUGAGUUGUGGUUUUGGACUUCAGCAUCGGGCGGUCUAUUGUUCUGCGGUGCCCUCAUAUUCUCAAGCUCUGCCCUUUGAAUGCUCUGAACCAGCGCCGCCCAACACCAGACCAUGCCAGCUCACAGAGUGCCUGUUACACGCACUCUGGAAGGUCAGCCCAUGGAGCAAGUGUUCUCAGUCGUGUGGUGCUGGUGUAAUGGAGAGGCGUGUCGAGUGUCUCAGUGAUGAAAAUGUCCCGUCCAACACAUGUCCCAUGUCCACACGGCCAGAGUCUCGUGCCACCUGCAGACAGACAGACUGUGAACUUCACACAAGCUGCCGUGAGCUCCAGAUGAAGGAAGGCAUCAGGAAAGACGGAGAGCAUUACAUCAAAGUCCGAUCCAAGAUUCUUCAGAUUUACUGUGCGGAAAUGCAAAGCAGUUACCCGAAAGAGUAUGUAACCCUGCGCAGUGGGCAAACGGACAAUUACUCUGAGGUGUACGGAUACAGGUUGCAAAACCCAUUUGAAUGUCCGUAUAACGGCAGUAGGAGGCAGGACUGCAUGUGCAGGAACGAUUAUGCCGCGGCCGGUUACACCGUCUUCCACCGCGUGCGACUGGAUCUUUCCAGCAUGUGCAUCAUCACGACUGAUGGGAAGUUUAGUCAAACACUGUUCGGUCGCUCUGUCCCGUUCGCCACUGCAGGAGACUGUUAUAGUGCCGCAAAAUGUCCUCAGGGUCAGUUUAGUAUCAACCUCACAGGCACGGGGCUGAAGGUCGCAGAUUCGUCUAAAUGGGUUUCCCAGGGCAACUAUGUCACGGUCAAAGUUCAUCGUUCAGAGGACGGAACCAGAAUCUACGGCCGCUGUGGAGGGUUCUGUGGAAAAUGUCUUCCUCACCCUCAUACUGGUCUUCUUGUUCACAUCCAGUGAAAGAAACGUAUAAAAAUGUGGUAAAAAAACGCAGACGCUGUAAACAGAGCUCUUCAAGUGAAAGAGAAGUUAAUUUAAUAACUGACAUCAAGACCGUCGUCGUAAUGGAUAUGUGACCUAUUUGGAGUCCAUCUCUUUCAUGUCUGGCAGCUGCAGUGAGCGAUUAGAACUGGAUCUUUUCGACGAGCUCACCAAAACCAUUGCACACACGCUCAUAAUAUUAAUAAUGCAGAGUAUGGAAACACCCCAACAUAAAACUUUGAGUCCCUCGAGAACGAGUUUUGCAGAAUCAAUUCGGUUUGUUGUGGGGAAACUUUUCCGUGUUGAAACUUGAGCGUGGAUGUAGCCGCAUGUUCUUAUAUGGAAAUUUGACACUAUUUUCAAAACCUGAGAAGCUGUUACACGAUUUACACAUUUUUUUAAACAAAUUGUGCUCGUUUGUUUACGACAACACUGUGUAUGACCGUUUUUUGUUUUUGUAAACUGUCAAAGUAUUUUUUUAUAAAUAAUUUGGGCAUCGUGUUCUCGUAAAGGGAUUUUAUUUAACGAUUACAAAAGUAUUUCUUAAUCCAAAAGAUCUACUGAAACAGUUUGUCCUCUGGACAUUAACUACUCUGUGUGAAACACUGGCCGGCUAAAAUUUAGAUAAGAUCUGAUGACAAGAAACAGCUUGAUAUGAGAAUGUAAAUAGUUGAAUGUUGUGUAAAUUUGAAUGUUUUAACAUAUAUUGCAUCAAAGACUGGCCUCAAAAUGGCCUUAAAUACAGAAAGGGGUAAAAAAAAAUGCAAACUAGCACUACUGAAAUCUCUUUAACCUCCUGAGACCCUGCGUCAUUACGUUUUGGCUUCGCUAUAGACUAUGCAUCAUUAUUUCAUUUCAUGUAAACCAACUGAUCUCAGUUCAGGAGACUCGAGGCUGUCAUUAAAGGGUUAAACUUUCAAGUCAUGUGACCAACCAACAUGGCGCUGAUCUUAGCUGAGUUUGUCUGUGGGAGAAGUGGCAAUAAAACUACAUCUGGUAAGAAACCUAAUUAAGUUUUUACAUUAAAACCUGUUUGAGUAAAAAGAUUAGACUCUCUAGUUUCAUCCAAUAUGACAUUUUACAUUUUUUACUGAUUUAUCACAAAACUGCAUGCUGUUAAACACAAUGACCACGUACGUGGACUAUAGGCUCAUUUUCAGUUUAAAUAUCCUAUAUUCACUGUCUGUGUAUUAUCACACUGAGAAUUAAUGGAUGCAUCUAAAAACUGAUAAAUGUGUCUUUCAGAGACUUUAUAUGGAGUUAGGAUGAAAAUAAGGUGCAUUUCAAACUGUUCUGAGACCAGUGCAGACAGACAGCACACUGGAGGUUAAGUCAUUCACUAAAUAGGGAGCAAGGGAGCAUCCUAUAGCUCUCUAUGCAGUUAAGUGCAUUCACUCCUAAAAUCUGAUCAAAAGUUCAGUUUCAGGCUGCAGAUGAUGUUUGGAUCACUCAACAUGUUUGACAGACAUGUGACAAUGAUAAUCAGUACAUAGAUUCAGAAUUUAUAAUGUAUCAUUUUAUUUUAACAUGGUUGACAGUGAUUGGAUGAUGCUGGACAUUAAUCUGAAUAAUAAUUAUUUAUGCUAAUUUCUGAUGUAACAUCUGUUAUGUCUCAAAAACAUGAAUAAUCAACAUUCCUGGAAACAUAAUAAACAGUCUGAUGAAAACAAUCUGACUUUCUAUAGCUUGGUAUUAUUUAAAAUUUCACAGCUUGUGGACAUGCAUUUUUAGGAAAACUAUUUGACCUAAAAAGUUUUUUUUUUGUUGUUUUUGUUCAUGUUUAUUAGGUGCUACUAGUUACAAAUCAAAAGGGGGAAUGGAAAAUGCACACAGCAGUCACACUCGGGUCUCAGGAGGUUAAAGCGAUUUAUCUGACGAUGGUCUUCAACUGAAAAUAACCGUCCUGCUAACUGUUCACUUAACGCCAAGAACGCAACACUGUUCUUACAUAGUCUGACUAAAAUAAGACUUAUUACCACUACUGCAGUUAUAUAAUAUUAUUUAAUAAUAUUAUAUUUAAUUACAUGCUAAAAUGUAUAAGUUACGGUGCUAAAAACAACAUUUAAUUGAACGCAGCCUUCGCUAGCAUGUUAGCAUGCUGUAUUAGCAUAUGCUUUUUGAGUUUUAAAGAGACAAAUUUGUUACAAUAAUAUAUUUGUAGCAAUAAAAUAAAAAAUAUGUCCUUGCUAAACAAGUAAGUCCAUCUUAAGAUCAGCUAACCACCUUAACAGGCUGUUUUUUUCUUGUAAACAGGGAAGGCUAAUCUGAAUCUGACCCCUUCAUUAAAGGGGAAAGUAAUAAUGUGCAUGUUAACUAAUGUGGAAAAUCACAAUCCUAUUUUAAUUCAAGCUAUCGAGUCACACAAUGUAUUUCAUGUAACAAAAUUCAACAUUUUAUGUAAAACAAUUUCAUAAUGCUUUUAUAGUCAGCUAUCAGGUGAAUGGACAGACAUCACUUCAGUUUUAUUAAAAGGAAAAAUAAAGUAGAUCAAAUUAAAAUAUGUAACAAACGACAAAACAGUCUGACCCUACCUCUCGUAAUCAUGAAUAUUCAUGUGUUUUAUGUGUUCAACUCUUUUUAUGUUUGACCGUAUUUAUUCUGUAUUAAAAUGUAGAUAUGUUGCAUUACUAUGACACUGUACGUCUGCUCAUAAUCAAUUGUUUUAUUAGAUAUUAACAGGCUCAGAGUGAAUCGAGGCACUUGCAUUUUCUGUGCUGAUUUUAGGACAAAAUCAAUAGAGUUCUGUGAAAUGGAUGGAAACGUGUGUUAAAUGGUGCUAAAGUACUACACUCGUAUAGGGAGCUGAAAGCAUCGUUAAAUUAACUAAAAUAUUGCAUAAUUAUUUGGAGUUUUAUAGGCACAGAUUCACAUUUUCUUUUGUCAUUUAUUGGUUAUUAACAGUGUAAUGGUGCAGUUAUAACUACUGAAAUCAAUUUACCUCUAACUACAAAAGCAGUAACUGGGAUUACUUUAACAAUCGUUAUUGUUUCAGGAGCCCAUCACAUGCUUAAAUAUUCAUGUUUCACAUGUAAGUACCUGAAUAAUAACUUAAAAUACUUAAAGGAUUAGUUCACCCAAAAAUUAAAAUUCAGUCAUUGUUUAC